AUGCCCUACAACAACAACCACUACAACCACCAUCUGUACUAUAAGUCUCGUGGAUACCACGACCGAUAUAGACAAGGAUCUGGCCUUCAUAAACCCCAUGGAUUCAGAGAUCAGCAGGAUGCAAUACCUCCAGCUACCCCCACCACUCCAACAUCUGGUGCAAAUGGUCCACAUCCAGCUAAUGGUCAAAGUUCCAUACAUCGAGAGCGUUACUUUAGCAAUAAGGAUGUUGGAAUAGACCAUAGAGUUUCACAAACAACCGCUGCACCUUUCAAAGGAGGAGGGCUCGUUGGUGCUCCAUCUUCUACUACUACUACACAUACUUCAGUUAAUGGGGCGUCAAUGCGACAGUCGAAUCUGAUCCCUCCAACUCGAACUGUUCCUGUGAACCGCAACUCAAAACCUUCAACGAGUGGCGUGACAAGAUCAGUCAAUGACAGAAUGGGCCACAUAGAAUACCCUGCUUCAAACCCCCUCACUGGUAUUAAUCCGCUUGAUGCCUCAUUCCCCACAUUGAAGUUGUACAUGACCUAUAAAGCAUUUGAUGAUCAUUCCUAUGAAUCAGGAGAACCUAGAGGUACAUAUAAAGUAAUCUAUGACCCGGAUCAAGACAAGCUGUUGUCCAAAGAAGAUAGAAAGAAAAGAGAGCGUAAGUAUCGUGUGAGCACUCGAUCAUUCGAUGAUGUGGACUUUGUUCCAGAGUGUAAGGACCCUAGAAAGUCAAUGCAGCAUUAUAUGACAAAGCCAAAUAAGAGGUCUAAGAAAUUUCCCUUUAAGCAGUUACCACAACCACGUUUCACAUUUGAUAAAGACUCGCUUGGACCAGCCCCAUUAACAGAGUUGGUGAUAUGGGAUCUACCCUUCUCUGUCAACGAGAACUAUUUGUCUAAUUUCAUACGGAGUUUUGACAGCACUUAUCCUCCACUUCGUGACUUGAAAUUGUAUAAUGAUCCUGUUAAUGCUGUGCCAUUAGGAAUUGCUACUUUCAAAUUCCAAGGUGCACCUGAUAAAUCCCAACGAUUUGCUCAAAAGUUUAUUUCAUUGGUGAAGCAAGAAUUACCGAGAAUUGAUGGAGUCGAGUUCAAAUUAAUACUCAACGAUAAUGAUAAUCAAUUGUUGGAAAAGAAAGUUGCCCAAGCACUGGAUAAGUUACACAGAUUAAGACAACAGGAUGAAGAUAGAAGAAAACGAGACUUACAAGAGAAGCAACGAAGAGAAGACGAAGAACGUAGAACGGCAGAGAAGAAUAGGAAAAAGACCGAAGUUACCAGCAAUACAAAUGCUGAAUCAAUGCUGAGAUCUACUAGCGUGAAGGAUACGUUACCUUCUCCAUCCGAAACUACAUCUAUUUCCAACCAUGCGAAUACUUUACAGUCCAAUACCACUAUUAAGUCUAUUCGAAAUAAGAACAAGGUUGUCUCGGGUGUAUUUCUUCCCAAAGAAUUAACCAGGUAUGUUAAAGACAGGCCAUUUUUGUUUAUUGAUGAUGCAUACGUACCCACUCGAAAAAUCCCAACACAGGAUAUCAAACGUGCAUUAGAAAGAUAUAGUUGGACUCGGGUUAUAGGGGAUAAGAAUGGUUUUUUUGUUAUAUUUAAUAGUCUUCGUGAUUGUGAAAAGUGUUUUUAUGAUGAAGACGGGAAACGUUUUUAUGCCUACAGAAUGUAUAUGGAUUUAUGUGUUCCUGAAGGCUAUACACUUAAAGCCUCUUUCUCUGAGAAGGAGGAAAAGAUUGAUGCGGUUGGAGAAGCUGCAAAUAUAUUAAUUAAAGACUUCCAGACAUUUCUUGCUAAGGAUAUUCGAGAGCGGAUUCUUGCGCCUGCAAUUUUAAACCUAUUAAGCCAUGAAAAUUAUCCAGAGUUGGUUAGUGAGUUAAGAGCCAAAGAGCAAGAAAAGGCUGAAGAAACAAAAGAGCUUUUGUCUCAGUCUCAAUUGAAACAAGACACAUUAUUAUUUCUUAAAUCCAAUGAUAAAUCAAACGCAACUCUUCCAAAGAGAGAGACCAAGCAAGACAAGUUAAUCAAAUUGUUAAUGAAAAAUAAUCGUCGCCGGCGUAACCUUAUUCCUAUGCAACAUGCAUUGAACUUAGAUAAUAAUGAUGAAAGCAGUGAUUCAAGUGAUGACGAUAGUGGGACGAGUGGUUCAAACACUCCAGGUCCAUGUCUGCUGACGGCUACCCCUAGUGCAACACUUGACAUCACAUCUGUCAAUCUUAAGCAUAGCCUAAGUGAUGAUGAGGACGAGGAUCAACUAGAGGUGAAAAAACCUAAACGUCAAAGCAUGUAUGACGAGGUAUCUAUGAGCGAAGAUGAAGAUUCAGAAUUUGUGGCUCUUGAGUCAAAAAAUCCCGUGAAGGAAGUAGGUGUUGAAAUUAAAUUAGAUAGUGAAGACGAAGAAUCUGUUUCUGAAUCACAGGAUGAUAUUGCUAGCAUUCAAGAAGAUGGAAACUAUGACUAUUCGAAUCUUGCACUUAAAUAUCGUCCUACUCCGAAGGUUUCACAACCUGUAUAUGAAGAAUUAUCAUUUGAAAGGUAUUCUGUUCGUCAUUUGCGGAGGUUAUUAAGAGAUGAUGAAGAUUUGUCAAUUGCACAAGAAAUUUUAGCUGAUCCUGAAGGUUUCUGGAAUGAGCAGCCUUCAAGUAAAAUUGAAGUGGACUAUAUGUGCUGGAAGGAUCUCCACAAUAAGUAUGAUGAUGAUGCAAUUUCUGCUUCGGCAUUGUAUGGGGAUGAAGACUUGGUUAAUUUCACUGGUUCAUUCAGAAGUGAAGGUUAUAAGAAGAUAAGCAAGACCAAGAAGGUUUACUUGCCACAUAUGAAACAAAAAUCUAGAAAGCCAUUGAAGACCGUUAUGUAUCAUAACGAUAAUGGGGGCACUAGUGAUGAUGAAGAUGGCCUUGAUGAUGAAAGCAAGUUGGAAUUGAAUGGGCUGGAAGAUAGAAAGAGAAAACAUGAAAACAAUAUAGAUAGAGGUUUGGAAAAUUCCAAUGAUCUUCCUGGAGGAGGUGGUGGUGGCAGUAGCAUGAAUAUUUCCAACAGCACAGGUAAUGGGAAUGGUGACAUAAAUGGAGAUGAAGAUGACAUAGGAAAUGUGAAUCAAAGUUCUCGUGUCAAUAGAGCACUCAAUAGACGGUUCGCAGCAGAAGUUAGUGCUCAAUUGGGUGGAGCUGAUCUGGAAAUCUUAUCACUUAAUGCAUUAACUAAACGGAAGAAGCCAGUUUCCUUUGCACGUUCACUGAUUCAUAAUUGGGGUCUAUAUGCCAAUGAACCGAUUGCUGCCAAAGAAAUGAUUAUUGAAUAUGUUGGAGAAAUGAUUAGACAACAAGUUGCAGAACAUAGAGAAAAGUCAUACUUGAAGCUGGGAAUUGGAUCAUCAUAUUUAUUCCGUAUUGAUGAGAAUACUGUUAUCGAUGCCACCAAAAAGGGAGGCAUAGCCAGGUUUAUUAAUCAUUGUUGUGAUCCAAGUUGUACUGCCAAAAUCAUUAAAGUUGAAGGAAAAAAGAGAAUUGUCAUUUACGCAUUACGAGACAUUGAUGCCAAUGAGGAAUUGACCUAUGAUUACAAAUUUGAACGUGAGUCCAAUGAUGUUGAACGUAUUCCUUGUUUGUGUGGGGCAUCAACCUGUAAAGGUUACUUGAAUUAG